AUGGCAGAAAUACUAUUAUCACCUCUUCUACAGGUGGUUUUUGAAAAACUGGCAAAUCCUUUUCUGGAAGAAAUUGCUAAUAGAUGUGGGCUGAGGAAGGAGGUGAAGAAGCUCCAACGUACCUUAUGUGUAAUCCAAGCUGUUCUUCAAGGAGCAGAAGAGCGACAGUUAACAGACAGAGCUUUGAAGCUUUGGUUGGAAGAGCUCAAGGAAGUUGCUUACGAGAUGGAGGAUUUGCUUGAUGAGUUCUCUCCGGAGGCUUUGCUCCCUAGAAAUCGUGGAGGGUUUACUCAACAGGUAUUAACUUUUGUUCCUUCUCUUGUACAAUAUGGUGAUUUGUUAACUAAACUGGAGCAAAUCAAGGGGACAUUAGAAAUGUUAGCAGAAGAGAGAUCAAAUUUCAAUUUAAGUGAGGGGGUUGUAAAUAGUAGUAGAAGUAGAAGUAGAAGAACGGGCUCCUUCAUAAUUGAAUCAGAAAUUUUUGGAAGAGAAGAAGAUAAAGAGAGGGUGAUGGAGGUUUUAUUAUCAACAGAUGAUAAAUUACGAGGAGAAGUCUCAGUUAUCUCCAUUGUUGGCUUGGGUGGUCUUGGUAAAACAACACUUGCUCAAUUAGCUUUCAAUGAUGAGAAGGUAGCAAGACAUUUUGAUAUGAAGAUAUGGGCAAGUGUUAAUGAUGAUUUUGAUGUUGAAAGAAUUAUGACAUCAGUUCUUGAAUCUGCAAGUAAGAAUAAAUGCGACCUGUUUGGGAUGGAUGUACUGCAGUUUCGACUUUGGGAAUUAUUGUCUGGGAAAAGAUAUUUGUUAGUUUUAGAUGAUGUGUGGAAUGAAGAUGAUCAGGAGUGGGAUAAGUUAAGAACUUUACUGAGAAAUGGUGGGGAGGGAAGUGCAAUAAUUGUUACCACUAGAAGCGAAAAAGUUGCAUCGGUAAUGGGCUCAACUUACAUCCAUCAUUUGAAAGGUCUAUCAGAUGAAAAUUGCUGGAAUUUGCUCAAGCAACGAGCUUUCUCCCGUCAUGAAGAAGACCAUACAAACCUUUAUCCAAUUGGUCAACAAAUAGCAAAGAAGUGCGAGGGGUUACCUUUAGCUGCAAAGACUUUGGGAAGUCUAAUUCGCUUCAAAAGAGAAGAGAGAGAGUGGUUGCUUGUCCAGGAGAGUGAUCUUUGGAAUGUAUCUGAAAGUGCAAAUGGAAUCUUACCUGCUCUUAGGUUGAGUUACAGUCAUAUGCCAUCACAUUUGAAAGGAUGUUUUGCAUUCUGCUCAAUAUUUCCAAAAAACUACAUAAUCAAGAAGGAGAAAUUAAUCCAGCUGUGGAUUGCAGAAGGCUUAAUUCAAUCACCGAAAGGCAUAAAAUCACUUGAAUUUAUUGGAAAUGAGUAUUUUGAUGAUUUGGUAUGGAUGUUUUUCUUUCAAGACAUACACAGAAGUGAUAAUGGCAAUAUAACUGAGUGCAAAAUGCAUGAUAUCGUUCAUGAUCUUGCACAAUCUGUUGUAGGAGAUGAGUACAUGAUGCUGGAACAUGGUAAUAUAGCACAAAAUCUCUCCCAUAUUCGUCACUCCUCAGUCAUUUGUAAUUUCAGCUUACACACAAUUCCAGAUAAUUUAUAUGAAGCAAAGAAGUUACGAACCCUCAUCUUAGUGUUUCCAAAAGGUGAUCUUGGAGAAGUUCCUCCUGCUGCGUUUUCAAGUUUUAAAUACUUGCGGGUCCUUGGUUUAAGUGGUAGUGGCAUCAAAAGGUUGCAUGAGUCUAUUUCUUCCUUUAUAUUUUUGAGAUACCUUGACGUCUCUAACACUGAAGUUAAGGAAUUGCCAGAAACUGUUUGCAGCCUUUGCAACUUACAAGUGAUAGACCUUUCUAAUUGCUUUGAUCUUAUCAAGUUACCAAGUCGGAUAUCCAUUAUAUCUAAACUGCGGCAUUUGAUCAUAGAUGGCUGCAAUAGACUAACCAAAAUGCCUCCUUCGAUUGGGAAACUUGUAUUUCUUCGAACACUGUCAAUGUUUAUUGUGGGAAGUGAAGUAGAUGAAAGGCUUAACCAGCUGCAAAGUCUAAACCUUGGUGGCCAGCUUAAUAUCACACAUCUGGAGAAAGUAAGGGAUGCAAGAGAUGCAAUGGAAGCUGACUUACUAGGAAAACGGAACCUUCUGUCACUGAGCCUCUCAUGGGGAGAUUAUCUUAAUGGUUCGAACAGGAACGUUGACAAUGGUGACACACAUGAGGAAGUGCUCAAUUACCUCCAACCACAUAAAUAUCUGAAGAAGUUGUCUAUAAGAGGAUACCCAGGAACCUGUUUUCCACGAUGGAUGGAUGCUGUUAAACUCCCAAAUAUAACUGAACUUGUAGUGAUUAACUGCAGAAGAUGUGAGUAUCUCCCUACCUUGGGCAAACUUCCCUUCCUCAAGGUCCUUUACCUGCAAGGAAUGGAUGCAGUAAAGAAUAUUGGCCCCGAGUUCUAUGGUGAAGGCACAGAAAGAGCAUUCCCAUUAUUGAAAGAGCUAACCUUUAUAGAUUUCCCUCAGUUCGAAUAUUGGUGGAGUUCUAACAGGAGAGAAGAAUUCCCUUCUCUAGUCAAGCUGAACAUCACCAAGUGUUUUAGGUUGAGAAAUAUUCCUCAACUUCCUUAUCUGCAGCAUCUGGAGUUACACCAUUGCAGUGAUGUGAUUUUGAGGUCUGCAUCAAAGCUGACUUCUGUAACCAUCCUUGUCAUUAAUGGAUUCACAGAACAGUUAGCAUUUUUGGGAAACAUGCUUCAAAAUAAUGCUCUUCUCAUGUCUAUAACAAUUAGCUCUUGCCCAAAGCUUCAUUCUAUACCUUCCAGUUUGGGAAAGCUCAUCAACCUAAAAUCCUUGACAAUUCGCUGGAGUAAGGAACUAACUUCAUUGCCUGACAAAUUGCAAAACCUCACCUCUCUGGAGUCUUUGGAAAUAAUUGAAUGCGACAGCCUUACUUCAUUGCCAGAGGAGAUACAGAGUCUGAGUUCUCUUCGAAAUUUGUCAAUUGAGAACUGCAAUAGCCUUACAUCGCUGCCACAUAAUUUGCAAUUUCUCACAUCCCUUGAGCAUUUAACUAUUAUGUAUUGUCCAAAAUUGACUUCUUUGCCAGAGGAUUUGCAGCAUCUGUUCGCUCUAAAAAGAUUAUCCAUUUUGAAUUGUCCAGAGGUUGCAUCUCUUCCAGAGGGGUUAAAAUAUGUCACUACACUGCAAAAUUUGGAAAUCCGCGGCUGCUCAGGUCUGAAAGUUUUUCCAGAGUGGGUGGCAAACCUUAACUCUCUCAGAUCAUUAACAUUAACAGAUUGUCAUAAUCUAACUUCUCUGCCUGGUGGUCUGCAAUGUGUAAGUUCCCUUCAGCAUCUAUCUAUCCGAGAAUGUCCUGAUCUAGAGGAGCGCUGCAAGAAGGACAUAGGUGAAGAUUGGCUGAAAAUAAAUCGCAUUUCACAUGUGUAUAUAGGAUCACCCGACAUUGCAAGUAGCUCAUCUCACUGA